CGUGAGGAAGCUGUUUACGGUGCGCUUGCUAUGGCGCGCUCCGUUAAUGCACCUUUCAUGCUAGUUUUAUUUUUGGUACUUUCCUGUAGUCCUUUUUCGGUGGUGUAUGCUAUUCAAAUGAAUAUGAAAUCAGUUUACUGCACAAUGUCGAACAAUUGCGACUGUGACUUUAAUCCAGAUAUAAAAGGUUUAGAAUGGGACCUCUACAAAAAUUUGUACGGGCAGCACCUGGCGCAGGAGGUGGUCUCGGAGGCUGUGGCUGGCUUCUUGCAGAUGGAGAGCCCCGACCGGCCACUGGUGCUGUCCUUCCACGGGGCCUCUGGGACAGGCAAGACGCUGGUCAGCUCCAUGGUGGGCCGUCACCUGUAUGGCGCAGCAAUGGGCAGCCCCUACAUUCACCAGUUCAUCCCCACCUUGCACUUUCCUAAGGCUGACAUGGCACAUCAGUAUAAGAUGGAGCUGAGGCGCUGGGUAGAGGGUAACCUCACCGCUUGUGCUCGCUCCAUUUUCAUCUUUGAUGAGAUGGAGAACAUGCCCCCUGGCGUGAUCGACGUGCUGGUGCCUUUUCUGGGACCCGACCAUGUCCUGUUCCAGACCAACUACCGCAAGGCCAUGUACAUCUUCAUGAGCACGACUGGGGAGGAGAUCAUCAACCAGCUGACCCUUAAGACCAAGCUAAAGGGGCAGGAUCGGGACGACAUCCGCCUUAGGGAUCUGGAAGCUUCCCUCGCACAAGCUGUGUUUAACAACCCGAACAGUGGAUUCUAUCAGUCGCAGAUCAUCCCAGCGAAGCUCAUCACCUUCUAUGUGCCCUUUCUGCCUCUGAGCCGGCACCAUGUGGAGCGCUGUGCCCGGCGAGAGCUGUGCCAGCGCGGGGCGUGCCAGCGCGCCGAUGUAGCUGAAGCGGUGGGACGUGCAGUCAGCUAUACCGUACAUGAUGGCCAGCAUUUCUCCAGCACUGGCUGCAAGUCGGUCAUAGCCAAAGUCAACCUCUUCCUUUGAGCCUGAAUUUUUUUCGGAGGUGGGGGGGGGGGGGGCAUGUCCCCCAGGCUCAGAGGGUGGGUGUUAUGGCGAUCCAUAAAAGCUCACCAGGCUCUAACGGAGAUGUCUGGCAUCUGGAGCCUGGAGGCUGGACUGAGUGCCUGUUUGGUGCCGUCUGCAUCGCCCAUCCACACCAUGUGCCCAGAAACUGGCCCGGCAUCCUCCUGUUGCCCUGUGACAAGCGGGGGGCUGCUGUCAGACUCGGAGCACCGCAGUUGCAUGCGGUGACUGAAGCUGCGUUACACCAUGGUACCACAGUGUGGUCUGCAAUUUUUAUAGAAACAACUGGAAAUAAUCAAACCUUUUUGUCUUAAGUGCUAAUAUGGCUUAUCAGUCAGUUAUGUUUAAAGUGUAUUUUUUCUAUAGUCCACUUUGGUUUCUUAUGUUGGACGCAAAAUGCAUGCUAUCAAAACAGGUGAUUCGGUUUGCCAGUGAUGCGUCCAUUUCUCAAUUUCUAUAGUUUUCCUCCACACCAGUAAAUGGCAGUGUUUUCUAUGAAAAACUCUGAACCGAUCACACUGCACAAAAGUUCUGCAGUUUUCUGUUCGGACUACAAUCCAACUUAAUGCUACAAAUUAGACAGGAAUAAAUUGACAAGAAAGAGGAGUAUUGCAGAGUAGAGAGACUACAAGUGCCUUUGCCUUUGUACAGGGGCUGAGAGUAAUUGAUUUUUACGUAUUUAUCUCUUAUUUUUUUUAAUUCCUUUUUAAAGAACUGCCUCAACUUUGGAGCUGCUAUGGAAACGCUUUUCAAUUAUUUGUUACGUGUCUGGUAAGCGAUAGUAAGCGCUCAUUUUUGCACAAUCCCUUCUUUUGAUUUUAUCUUAAAGAACUUGAUGUAAUUUGAUCCCCCGAGUUUCUCCUCGAGAUGUACAAUUGUGUAUCAUAAACCCGUGUUGAUGAUGUUCAUGAUGACUCCGUAUGUUGAAGCUGAACAGUGUUUCACCAGCUGAUGGUACCUAAUGGACCCCAGUGUGCCGGUGAAUUUAUUUAUGUUUACUUUUAGAUUAUUCAAUUUUUCCGGAGUUCUGGAAGGAUUAGUUGUCAUACUUGGUUUACACAAUGAGCUUAGUGGAUGCAGAAUAACUGAGUGACAGGUACUACUGGUUUAAUACUCUGUUGUGAGAAUCACUAGGUUGUCUGCCCCUAGUUGCCCUUGGCUUGGUACGAUGAAUCCACAUUUCAAUCUGCCCUGUUGCAAUAGUUGUGUAUUGCUUAACGGGAACAGCCCCCCCCCCUUCCCUUUCCUCUUGUGGUUGCCAUGGCUGCGUGCUGCAGACACUGGGCCAUCUCCACGGAACACUAGGUGUAUAACAGGUGGCACGGAGAGGUGGAGCAACCUGUAUGGUGAGAACUGCCACUGAACUUUUACGUCUGAUUCUGGUGAUUCCAAGAGAGAACCUGGUUAAACUGCAGAAGAAUCUACAGACUGCAAUCUCUUCUGUUUAUAUAUUUAAAAGGUAAAGCCAUACUUUAAGUGGUUGAGGUUGUAUCCUUAAAUAGCUCCCGUGUUAUUUUGUAAUCAAUAAGAAAGAAUAUUAUCACAAAAGCUUGAAAA